AGAUCAUCUGAGCGCAGCUGAAACUAGAACUUGAAGUCUGUCAUUCGUUAACUUGAAAGCAGCAGAUAUGACUGGAGCCGCUGUAUCCGUGUGCCUACUUUUCCUUGUGUCUCUAUGUUCAGCGUGUUACAUCUCAAACUGUCCCAUCGGCGGGAAGAGGUCCAUCAUGGAUGCACCACUACGCAAGUGCAUGUCCUGUGGCCCCGGAGACAGGGGCCGCUGCUUCGGCCCCAGUAUCUGCUGCGGGGAGGGUCUGGGCUGCCUGCUGGGCUCCCCAGAGACAGCUCACUGUGUGGAGGAGAACUACCUGCUCACCCCCUGUCACGCAGGAGGGAGACCCUGUGGAUCUGAGGGAGGACGCUGUGCGGCAUCAGGACUUUGCUGUGAUGCAGAGAGUUGCACCACAGACCAAUCCUGCCUCAUCGAGGAGGACGGAGAGGACCAAACCGGCCAACUGGAAGGCGGCGACCCCGGUGACAUCAUCUUAAGGCUCCUGCAUCUGGUUGGUCACGCUUCUCCUCAUCAAAACCACCAGUGAGAUGUGUCCGACUCCCAGUUUCUCACCUGAGACUCUCAGGCUGUAAAGAUGAAACUGGACAGUGGCUGUAGUUCAUGUCUUUGUAUUUCUGAAUGUUUGUCACCUUCUUCUGAAUUCACUCCUCCUGUACUUCUGUGCCUUUGUCAAUAUAUUUUUCUGUAUGAAAAUAGGGAUGAAUACGGUGGUCAUCCAGAUAGCUGCAUGUUGAAAUAAAGUUUUGAGAGAGUAUAAA